AUGGCGCCGUCAAGGUCCCCGUCACCCGCUAAGGGCGAGCCUCGCGGCACGACACCCACGACGACACGUCCAACAGCCGGAAAUCCAUUUGCCGCCCUCUCCGACAGCAGCGCCGAGGAGGAUGGCGAUAUCCUUCGACCACGCGGGAAAGUGGCGUCAAGAAUGCAAGUACGCGGCAAUACACAGCAAGCUUCCGACUCGGAGGCCGAACAUGACGCGAACCAGACGCGCGCCAGCUCGCCGAGGAAGAGCAGCAAUGGUACCCAGGCCACCGCGGACCACAGUAAUGCUGACGACUCCGACGACGACGAUGUGGUUCGAACGCGUCCCAGGACUCUAAAGCCCCGGCGAGAUCGCAGCUCUACGCCCGACACACGGCCGCAGGAGGGACAUGACUCUCCCGGUCUCUUCGUCACGCCAUCCAAACCCCGCUCUCCCUCUGCAGAUAACAGCGAAAGCGAUGAUGAUCUCCCCAGUCCCCCCGCGCUGACCAAGAACCCACGGUUUCUUGCCCUCGUCGAGAAGAAACGACAAGAACGGCUGGCCAGGGAGGCCGAAGAGGCCCGCAAGAAGGCCGAGCGCCUGAAAGCGGCGGGACACAGCCUGGACGACAUGCUCGUAGAUGACGAUGAAGACAACAUCACGGAUGACGAUGGCGGCCGCAGGCUCACGCAAGAGGCCGCUGCGACACGGCCUCCGCGCAAGGCUAGCAAAAGGGCUCUUGAGGAGAUGAACCGCGAGACGCAGCGGUUGACCCGGAGCCUGCAGCUGGCCCAUGAGGCGAAGGUCAAGAAGAAGAUCACCAAGGCCGCCUUGUUUGAGCGCUUCAAUUUUAAGCCCGAGGGAGCAGCAGCGCAGGCCGAGGAAACGGCACCGGCGGCGACGAGCUCUAGCCGUGCUCCGACGCCAGCGUCAGCCCGGCAGAGCGAUUCUGAGAUGAAGGAUGCCGAGACGCCGCCUAGCUCCCCGCCGCAGAUUAGCAAGGAUCGUAGGGCAGAGGGCCCUGUUGCGACUGUGGCAGGCCCAACGCCUGCAGCGGACGACGACGACGACUUCCCCACACUGGAAGAGAUGGUCGAAGAGGCCGCCGCCACUCGCAGGAGACUUGACAAGGGCAAAGCCAAAGCAACCGCGGCCGACCUUGACGAAGCGUCAUCCAAGGCAGAGCAGCAACCGCGGAAACGCAACAUCCGCGUGAAACUGCCUGCCCUCCAGGGCAACGCCGCCACCCUCUCCCUCUCUCUCGACGAAGACGACGACGACGACCUGCAAGUCCAGCAACCGACUCGCAAGGCCAAACUCGACGCCAUCUUCGACCGCGUGCCGCUCAACCAAGCCAAGGAGCCACACUCGCUGCAAAUGCUGCGCAAGCUGGCCCACAUCGACGAUCCCGACAAGAAGGCCGCGCCCCCCUCCCGCCGCGGGGGCAACAAGCUCCAGAGCAAGCAUGAGCAGCAGCACGCCAUGACGGUUGCCGAGCUCCAAGCGAACCUGCUCCAGCGUGCCCGCCAGCAGGCCAAGCUCGAGCGGGACCGGCAUCUGGAGAUGCUGAGGGCCAAGGGGAUCCAUGUCCAGACGGCCGAGGAACGGGAGAAGGAGCUGCAGGAGGUAGAGAACAUUGUCGAGAAAGCGAGGAGGGAGGCCGAGGAGAUUAUGGAGAGGGAGCGGCAGGCGGCCAGGGAGGAGAGGAGGAAGAGGCGGGAGGCUGGGGAAGAGGAUCCGUUGGGGUGGGAUGAUAGCGAUGAAGAAGACGAGGAGUACGUGGAGGAUGAGAAGGUGGAGGCGGCGGCGGCGGCGGCGGCGGAAAUUGACUUAUCUGGCUCGGAGGAGGAAGAGGAGGACGAGGAGGAGGACGAGGAGGAGGAGGACGAAGCUGAUGUCGCUGGGGUGAUGAUUGAUGAUGCUGCCGAGAGCGCUGAAGAGUCUGAGACUGAAAACGCCGAGGAGCAGGAGAAGCCUGGCGGCCAAGAUUCGGAUGAGGAGCUCGUAAGCUCCAAGCCAGUCCGUCGCCGGCCGAGGAAGCAGGUCGCUAUCGUCUCUGACGACGAGGACGAUGCCGGCGAGCCGCUCGUCAAGGCUACACCCCGGCCAAAGGCUCACUUCGCCGAGUCGCCAUCGAGACGAGGUGCUAAGUCGCCCAGCGUGCCGACCUCGGUUCUCCGGUCAGCCACAAAGACUUUCAUCCCGGGUCUUCCCGUUGCCGGCCCUGCCGGCCUGGGACUGACGCAGAUCUUUGCCGGGACCAUGGACGACAGCCAAGUGGACAUGCCCCUUGAGGACUCUCGCUCGCAGCCGCGGCCCACGUUUGACGUGGCUGCCUUUCCGGGCUCCAACUUCUCGCAGACGGCUCAAGAGCCGGCCGAGGACAUGAUCUUAGACAGCCAACCGACACGGGACACCCAGCAAGCCGAGACUCAGGGCGUCCAGAUUCACUUCGCGCAGUCCCAGAUGCACGGCUUCGACAGCCUGUUCCGGGAUACGCAGAACCCGACCCAGGCCUCGGAGCUCAUUGAGCCAACUCAGGACGAAGGGUUCCACGAUUUCUCGCCUCUGCGCCAGCGCUUCGUCGAAGCCCCUGUCUCGACGGUCGCGACAGUCCCGGUUGGACACAGCCAGGCAGACGCAGACCAGAGCGAGUCGCCUCUGGUGCGAAGGACCGGCAAGCUCAGGCGCAAAGCUGAUGUGGUGCUUGCCUCGCCGAGUCGCCACCGCGCCGCGCCGGAUGAGCAGGACGAGGGGAUGGAGGACGAGUUUGGCUUCGGCACUAGGUCCAACAACGCCUUUGCCGCCAUGAAGGAGGCCGCGCUCAAGGAAAAGAAGCGCAAGGAGGCCUUCGACAAGAAGAAAAGCAAGGCCCGCGAGAUGGUGGAGGAGCAGGCCGAGGAGUCCGAGGACGAGUACGCCGGGCUCGGUGGUGCGGACGGCGAGGAUAGCGAUGAUGAGGACGAUGCGUCCGUCAAGGAGAUGAUUGACGACGAGACCAAGAAUGACGAGAGCGACGAGAGGAAGCUGGCUGCCUUUUACGCUGACCGCGAACGCGCAGCCGACGAGAAGCAGGUCGAGAAGCUCUUCCACGACGUCACCACGGGCAUGCUCCGGCGUAAGCGCCAAGGCAACUGGGACGACCUGUCCGACUCGGACGACGGGGGUGAAGCCCGCCGCCGGCUGAAGCGCCGCCAGUUCGCCAAGAUGCAGCGCGCUCUCCUCGCCGAUGAGCGCAUCAGCAAGGUGGCCGAGAACCCGCGCAACCAGGCCUUCCUAAAGACCAUUGAGGACCGCGGCAGUGACGACGAUAUGGACUUCAUCUUUGCGCACCCGCCAGCUGUCCCGGGGUUGGAAAGCCAGGAAUCGCAAGCUUCCGUUGCCGCCGGAAAGAACGCAGUCAUCCCCAACAGCCAGCCGCAGACCGCGGCGACUGCUGCCUCUCGCCCGCUUGCCAACCCCCGCCGCACCAAAGAAGGCAGCAAGAAGCCCUCGAGCAUCGCCGAGAUCCGCGAGUCCCUGUCCAAUCUGCUCGAGGAGCCCUCCUCCGUCAUCCCCGCCACCGAGCCCGACUCUUCCGACGGCGACGAGGAAGAAGAAGCAGACUCCCGUCCUCCAUCCAGCAGCAACAAAGAGAACGAUAUCCGCCACCCGCGCCGGAGCAAACCGACCCCCUCCAUCAUCGACCGCAUUACCCUCAAGCGCAACUCGUCUUCCUCCCUCUCCUCAAACAGCAGACUCGCCUUCUCCACUACCACCGUUACCGCCACGGGGGGAGGAAGAGGAGGAGGAGCAGGAGGCGGAGGAGGAGUCCCGCCCCUCCUCCGCCGCGCAACAACCAACAACUCCCUCCUCUCCACCGCCACCACCACGUCCUCCUCCGGUAGUAGCAUCUCCACCAGCAGAGUGGGCAUGAUGAGCAAGCGACCAGGAGGUGAUGACAUGAAGAUCAAAAAGACGGCCGGCAAGCGCUCUGGUGUCAGCUACCUCGCGCGCGAGACGGAGCGGCGCGCGGCGCUGGCCGAGGCGGAGCGCCGGCGGGAGGCGAGGAAGUGGAAGGGUGUUGAGGGGAGGGCGAAAGCGGUGGGUGGGCUAUUCGGUAAGGGGUCGUUUGAGUAA